UGCAGUGCGCGCUUCACUUCCUGACCCGCACCGCAGAGUCUCCGCACACAAACUCCACCAAAUCACUGUGUGUCUUAAUUAUCUCUCAUAAUGAGAGGAACACACAUUAUACUUGAACUUGAGCAUAAAUGAAACCCGUUUCUGAGGGGUUCGUGCUGAAACUCAAGUGUGCCAAGAAGCAUGAACCUGCACCAGGUGCUCACAGGAGCCGUCAACCCUGGAGAAAACUGCUUCUCUGUGGGCAGCGUCAACAACCAGCCCUUCACGGCGUACGCCUCUGGCUGUGACAUCGUCAUUCUGGGGAGUGACUUUGAAAGGAUCCAGAUCAUCCCAGGAGCCAAACACGGGAACAUCCAGGUGGGCUACUUUCUAAAUCUGCUCUGUUUUCAGAUCGCAGCGUCAUACGGAAACAUUAUUUGUGUGUUUGAGCCGGUGGAGGUCAGUCCACAAGGGAAAGCACAAAACCAGAAACUGAAUUAUCAUUGGCAGAAGAGCGGGCAGUUUGUUCUGCAGUCGGCCGCACAGAUCCUGACGUGGCACACCACAGGUUCAUGGCUUCUGACGGGCUCGGCGUGUCUGCAGAUGUGGUGUGAUGUUCAGUCCAGUGCAGAGACUGAAGAGGAGGCUGAAUCCGCCGGUCCUCGGCGCUCCUGGAGAUGCGUAUGGCAAUGCAAGUCCGCUGCUCCGACUCACUUCAUCAAGUUUUCCCCAGAUGGAGAGUUUUUCGCGACCGCAGGACAGGACGACUGUCUGGUGAAGGUGUGGUACAGCACCAGUAAAUGGCAAGCAGACGUCACCAAACUCUUCACGCCGCUCGACCUGCGCUCCGGAGCCGAGAUCAACUUCUCCUUCAUUUACCUGGCUCACCCUCGCUCCGUCACCGGCUUCUCCUGGAGGAAGACCAGCAAAUACAUGCCCAGAGGCACCGUGUGUAACAUGCUGCUGACCUGCUGCAAGGACAGUGUGUGUCGCCUGUGGGCCGAAACAGUGCUUCCCAGCGACUGCCUGCUGUCUGGACUCAGACACAAUCACUGCAGCAGCGACGCCAUGAAGGCAAACAGCACGAAGAAGUCCUCCAGCAGCACCCGAGUGCAGAACCAGAACCCGCUGGAGCUGAAGCUGAAGCCGUCGUGGAGAGAGGAGGUGCGGUGUUUAUCUCAGCUCUCAUACAGCGGUCCUCUGCCCCAGCAGCAGAACAAACACUACAGCCACCGCACAAACAUCCUGCACGCUAACGCACUGUGCCACUUCCACAUCGCCGCCAGCAUCAACCCAGCCACAGACAUCCCUCUGCUGCCCUCCAUCUCGUCCAUGAGCGGCUCUGAUGAGGAGGAACCGGGCGGCCCGUUCACCGUUCACUGGCUCAACAACAAAGAGCUGCACCUGACGCUGAGCAUGGAGGUGUUUCUACAGCAGCUGAGGAGCAGCGGCGAGCAAAACGGACCCACAGAGCGCUACGAUGCUGAUGAGGAGGGGAGCGGCGCUGAUGCUGCGGCUCUGAGCUCCGUCUCUCUCCCUGCGGCGGCUGUGGAUCAUCAGGUGGAUGUGCUGCUGAGUGACUGGAACAGAGCAGCAGACAUGCUGUUCAGCAUCCACCCCAUGGACGGCUCGCUGCUGGUGUGGCUAGUCGGCUGGCUGGAUGAAUACCAGCCGGGCAUGUUCCGACAGGCGCAGGUACAAACAACACAUCCUGAGAGCGAUGCUGAUGAGGAGGGGAGCGGCGCUGAUGCUGCGGCUCUGAGCUCCGUCUCUCUCCCUGCGGCGGCUGUGGAUCAUCAGGUGGAUGUGCUGCUGAGUGACUGGAACAGAGCAGCAGACAUGCUGUUCAGCAUCCACCCCAUGGACGGCUCGCUGCUGGUGUGGCUAGUCGACUGGCUGGAUGAAUACCAGCCGGGCAUGUUCCGACAGGCGCAGGUUUCCUUCGUGUCCAGGAUUCCCGUGGCCUUCCCCACCGGCGACGCCAUCUCGCUCAGCCGCAGCGUGGUCAUGUACGCCUGCAACAGAAACGUGGACCUGGCCAUGCAGCACGGCCGUCAGCGUCCCGCGGGCCUGCCGCACUCGUCCUCCUCCGCUCUGAUCGGACAGAGCCAGAACAAACCCUCCUCCAGCAGCCUGCGUCUCAGCAUCUUCACCCCCAGUGUCCUGAUGAUCUCCAAACACGCCGACGGCUCACUCAACCAGUGGGCCGUCAGCUUCGCCGAGGACUCGGCCUUCUCCACGGUGCUCAGCGUGUCUCAUAAGUCACGAUACUGCGGCCACCGCUUCCACCUCAACGAUCUAGCCUGCCACUCUCUGCUGCCGCUGCUGCUCACUACCUCGCACCACAAUGCCCUGAGGACACCCGACGGGGACGCCGCUCUGACCCGCCCCGCCGCCGCCCCGUCCCACAGGAGCAGGGUGUCUUCUGGUGGCGUCGCCCAGGAUCCCAACGCGAUCUACAGUGAGCUGAUCCUGUGGCGGGUGGAUCCGGUGGGUCCGCUGUCGUUCUCGGGGGGCGUGUCGGAGCUGGCCAGGAUCAACUCGCUGCACGCGUCCGCCUUCUCUAACGUGGCCUGGCUGCCCACGCUCAUCCCCAGCAACUGCCUCGGUGUGUAUGGAAACUCACCCAGUGCCUGCUUCAUCGCUAGUGACGGACACUCGCUCCGACUCUAUCAGGCCAUCAUCGAGGCCAAAAAACUGCUGAGUGAACUCUCCAACCCCGACAUCUCCAAAUAUGUUGGAGAGGUGUUUAACAUCAUCAGCCAGCAGUCGACGGCCAGACCAGGCUGCAUCAUUGAGCUUGAUGCCAUCACAGACUUUCAGGGGAAAGAGACGCAGCUGCUGCAUGUGUUUGAGGAGGACCUGAUCUUGGGAAAUGAGAAAACAGACGAUUACCUGCAGGAUUCUGUUCCCAGCCGGACGCUCUUCUCCGCUCGCUUCUUCCUGGUGGUGGUGGAGAUCACUCAGAGCGGCAGGUCGCUCCUGCACAUGUGGCACCUACAGCUGGACGCAGUUCCCGUCGUUAUGGAGCAAACUCAAACUCCAGACAGAGAGACUGUGUCUCCAUCAUUUAACUUUGAGACGGUCGGCUCACCACAAACCCCGAGACCCAAACUGAAGACGUCUAACCUCCAGAGCGCCUGCCGCCUCACUCUUUCCAGCACGAAAGUCUUCAGCCAGGAGCUGGAUCUGCCGCAGGGCGUUGAAGUCAUUCGUGUAUCACCUGCUGCAGGUCAUUUGAGCGCUUCAUCUCUGCAGCCGGCCGGCCGCUCUCCGUAUCUGCUGGCCACGUCUUGCUCAGACGGAUCGGUCCGGUUCUGGAGGUGCAGCGCCGUCUCUGACCCCGAUGGCUCUGCGGACCCGUCAUACGUCUGGGAGGAGUGGCCUUUGCUUGUGGAGGAGGGCGAGGCCAGCAGCAGCGCUCUGAGCGUGUCCGGUCAGCUCAUGGGUCUCAGCUGCUGUCACACCAGCAGAGUCGCAGUCGCGCACCGGAGCCACGAACCCAUCAUGCACAUCAGCAUCUUCCAGUGCGACUCCACCGGAGGCUCUCAGUGGAUUCUGGAGCAGACGCUUAAAGUCUGCAGCGCAUACAGCCCCAGUGCCAACGACUGCCUGAGUAACGGCUGUUCAGUUAAGAGGCAGGUCCACUUAGACUGGGUUUCCAGAGAAGAUGGCUCUCACAUAUUAACUGUAGGUCUAGGAUCCAAACUUUACAUUUACGGGAUGCUUUCUGGAACACCUCCAGAUCUGGGUCUGUCCGAUUGCAGUAAGGAGCGCAGCUGCUCUCGAUUGGUGCUCCUCCGAGUGGUGGAUCUGGUGUCGUCGGUUGAAGGUUCGCUACCCAUCCCUGUCUCUCUAUCUUGGGUGCGAGAUGGCAUCUUAGUAGUCGGGAUGGAUUGCGAAAUGCACGUCUACUCCCAGUGGCAGCCGCCGGCUCCAGUCAAACCGUCGCGCACUGGUAGCGUGACGUCGCUCAACUCUGCGAUGAAGCAGGAGGGACUCAGUCCGAAUCCUUCGAAAAAGACCCUCACCAGAUCCAUGACUAGUUUGGCUCAGAAACUCAGUGGAAAGAGAACCGUGUACGACCUCCCGGCCGAGAUGGAGGAUUCUGGGUUGUUUGAGGCGGCCUAUCACCUGUUUCCUACUCUGCCCCAGUAUCACCCAGUGCAGCUGUUGGAGCUCAUGGACCUCGGGAAGGUGCGCCGGGCCAAAGCCAUCCUGUCCCAUCUGGUGAAGUGCAUUGCUGGGGAGAUCGUGUCUAUGAAGGACACUGCGAUAAACCAGGAGCGGCGUCUGCGCUCGCUCACCAUCAGCGCCAGCGGAAGCACCGCCCGAGACCCAAAGAUGUUCAGCAAAGCUGAGAGCUCCGACUACACCGAGAUCGACUCCAUCCCGCCGCUGCCUCUGCAUGCGCUGUUAGCCGCCGACGAGGAGACCGCUCCUAGUGCCAAAGAACGAUCGGAGAGCGUGAGCGCUCACGGCCAAAGCGACGCUUACAACGAGCUCUUCCAGACCGCCGGUGUCAGUGCGGAUGACAUGGACCCUUUUGAUGGAGAUGAGGAGGAUGCAAACGCUAAAGUCAUUGAUUUGUCAAAGUACAGCCCUACGUUCUUCGGCUCCGAACAUGCACAGGUGUUAUCGGGACACCUGCUUCACUCCAGCCUGCCGGGCCUGACGCGGAUGGAGCAGAUGUCUCUGAUGGCUCUGGCGGACACCAUCGCUUCCACCAGCACCCACAUUGGAGAAAGCCAAGGCAAAGGCCAAAGUGGAGAGACGCUGGAUGAAUGUGGACUGAAGUUCCUGCUAGCCGUUCGCUUGCACACCUUCCUCCUCACGUCUCUGCCUCCGGCUCAUCGCGCUCCGCUGCUCUGUCAAGGACUGUCCACCUGCCACUACGCCUGGGCGUUCCACUCCGAGGCCGAAGAGGAGCUGCUCAACAUGCUUCCGGCCCUGCAUAAAGGAGAGCCCGCGUGGCCCGAGCUGAGAGCCAUGGGCAUGGGCUGGUGGCUCAGGAGCACCAACAAGCUUCGCAGAUGCAUUGAGAAGGUAGCAAAAGCUGCUUAUCAGAGAAACAACGACCCGUUAGACGCAGCCUUGUUUUAUCUGGCCAUGAAGAAGAAAGCUGUGGUCUGGGGACUGUACAGGUCCCACCAUAACGUGAAGAUGACAGCAUUCUUCAGCAAUAACUUCAGUGAAGACCGCUGGAGGAAGGCAGCGCUGAAGAACGCUUUCUCUCUGCUCGGAAAGCAACGUUUCCAGCAUUCAGCGGCUUUCUUUCUGCUGGCCGGAUCCCUGAAAGAUGCUGUUGAGGUUUGUAUAGAGAAGAUGCAGGACCUUCAGCUGGCUCUGGUGGUCUGUCGGCUGUAUGAGUCUGAGUUCGAGAUGUCCUGCAGCUACAAGCGAAUCCUGCAGAGGCAUGUGUUGGGUCAGGAUCACCAGAUCGCGGCCCAUCAGGACCCGUUCUUACGCAGCAUGGCGUACUGGGUCUUAGAUGACUACAGCAGGGCUUUGGACACGCUGCUGGAGCCCAAUGCAGACACGUCACAUGAAGCAUUUGCCCGUGUGAAUCAUCAUUGUGUUUCUCAUCAGGACGACAGUCUGCAGAUCUCUGCUCCCGCUCCGCAGCACCUGUCUGUUCCUCUUUUCCUUGCGUGGACCGCCAGCUCCAAAACAGUGGUGGCCAAUCCCAUAGUGCACCUGACCAACCUCACGCACGACAUACUGCACACCAUCAACGCUCUGGACGCGCCUCCGCACCCGGAUGUCGUCAGCAACGAGAUCUACGUGAUGCACACGCUAGCGGCUUCCCUGUCGGCCUGCAUCUAUCAGUGUCUCUGUGACGGACACAGCUACAGCCAUGUGAAUCCGUUCACGGGCAUCACCUACCAGAGCGUCCUGCUUACCCAUCAGCCCCCGGUGAGGAGCGUCAGCAUCGAGGAGGCCAUCCUGCCCAACACCUCUCCUGCGCAGUGGCCUGGUGUGAGCGUCCUGAUGCGGCUGCUGAGCGCGUCCGGAGACGAGAACCAGCCCGGUCUGCCUGUGCUCCUGUGUGAGAUCCUGACCGCAGUCUUCCUCAGCCUCUUCGUCCACGGUCUGGCCACUCACUCCAGCCACGAGCUCUUCCGCAUCGUCGCUCACCCGCUCAACAGCAGGCUGUGGGUGUCUGUGUUCGGCGGCGGCGCUUGUGUUCCUGUGCUGAAGAAACCCAGCUCACCCACAGUGGAAGAUGUGGAGAGGAAGCAGCGGCGUUCCCGGCUGAGCUCAUCACGCAGUAACUCCAGAGACGUUCCCGACAGUCCCAGACCCGUGGCGAUGGAGCCGGACACAUCCGUCUGUAAAGAGCGUUUCGUGCCGCCUGAGCUCAGCAUCUGGGAUUAUUUCAUCGCAAAGCCGUACCUGCCUCCGUCUGCCAGCCGAGUGGAGUACGACUCUGAGGAGAGCCAGGGCAGUGAGGACGAGGAGGAUGAUGACGAAGGAGAUCCCAGCUCUCCGCUGGCAGAGCAUUCCAGCAAUAGCUCGUACAGCUGGUGUCUGAUGCGCUUGGCCAUGGUGCAGACCGUCCUGGUCAACCUCAAGACCUUCUACCCAAUGGCAGGUCACGACCUCUUAGGUAACGAGAUAUGAUGUGUGUGUGUGUAAAGUGUAAAGUGUAGAGCUCAUCCAGAACGCUGGCUCCAGCGCUGGGAGCAGCUGCUUCUCAAGAGGCUGGAGAUUUCCGGAGGUCCUCCGUCGAGGUUCAUCUGCACGCAGCUGCUGGAGGAGAGCGUGUCGUCGGGUCCGGCUCUGCUGAGGCACAAAGCACUGUUCGAGCCCUCCAACACACCCUUCAGGUCUCGCCGGCGCUCCGCUCUUCCCGUCAGACGGCUGUGGCAGUAUCUGGUCAAACAGGAGGAGGUUCAGGAGAUGUUCAUACGCAACAUCUUCACCAAGAAACGCGAUCCGAACGAGGUACUUGUGUCUGUUCACCAACAGCUGCUCGUUUGCACGCCUCCUGAUUGUGUUUUAACAGCCACCCCGCUCUGUCGAGUCAUUAAUAUGAUGUUGCACUUGUGUUAAUUGAAGAUGUUUGUAAUUAACCGUCUAAUCGUGGCCUGUGAUUGACCUGCAUGUUUGAAUCAGGAGACUGACAGUGUGCCGCUGGACUCCACACACAACCAGGUAUCUAACAGAGCUUCUGCUCCUUCAUCUUCUUCAUCAUCAUCCAGUCGUGAGGCUCUUUAAGAUGCACGAUUACCUGCAAAUCAACAUGAAAUCACAGCUGACUGUAAUUUAUAAUCCUGCUCUGAUUCACUUCUGCUUGUUGAUGUAAAGCAUGCACACUGAGCAUUAGUGAAUGACGUUUAUUUUCCUCAAGCACUGAGAGGCCUUUUAAAGAGUCCGCAUCAGGGACGUUACGAUUCACUCAACUCACGACGCCAUACUGAUUCACAAUAUGAUAUUCUCACGAUUUUUAAAAAAA